UACAAUUUAUUCUAAGUGAAGUGACUUUUUUUUAACCAAAUAUAAUUAUAAAUGUGAAACUUGUUGGCCCCAAGCAUCAUCUCCCAAUCAUUAUGUUCUCCAAUGAAGGGUUACAAGAAUCAUAUGUUCCUUUUUUUCUUUCUAAUUUUAUUUUAUUUUUUGCUACGAUUUCUCCUUUUUUUUUAUGAAUUACGUUAGAAAAUAUCGGAUUUUAUAUAAAUUUCUCAAAGAAAAACCCUUGAGAACCUCAGAAACAUUUCUCCAACCGCAACGCAAACUCCUCGGAAUCAGAAAUCUACCACAAACCAAAUGUCCCCUCCGCCGUCUCCGUCGCCUCCUCCGGCGAUCUCCGGCGAAGCCAACCUGACGACAUGCCUCUACAAGACGAAUCUCGGCGUCUUCUACGUCACGUGGGCUCGCACUUUCUUCGGCCACUCCGUGAAUCUCUUCCUCCACUCCCAAGAUUGCUAUCCCCACUCCUCCGCCGCCUCGCCGCUCUCUCUCUCCGCCUCCGCCGCCGAUCUCUCCCUCUCCUCCGCCGUCUCCUUCCGUCUCCACCUGAACCCACUCGCCUUCUGGAGAAGACGCGGAUCCAAGCGCGUCUCUCAGAAAGUCCAGAUUUUCUGGGAUUUGACCCGGGUCAAGCUCGAUUCCGGACCUGAACCCAGAUCCGGUUUCUACAUCGCCGUCGUUGUCGAUGGCGGGAUGGGUCUCUUGGUCGGAGACGCCGUCAAGGAAGCUUACGCUCGGACCAGAGCGGGGAGACCCACGAUCCCCCAGGCUCUGAUCUUGAGGAGGGAACACGUGGUCGGGAACAGAGUGUUCUGCACUAAAGCUAGAAUCGGAGGGAGAAACAGAGAGAUCUCGAUCGAUUGUCAGGCCAACGAAGACGCCAGGCUGUGUUUCGGAAUCGACAGCAAAAGGGUUCUGCAGAUCAAGCGCCUGAGAUGGAAAUUCAGAGGAAACGAGAGAAUCGAAGUCGAUGGAGUUCCUGUUCAGAUCUCAUGGGACGUCUACAACUGGCUGUUCGAGAACAAGCCCGCCGUCAACGACGUUAACGGUAACGGAAACUGCAACGGAGGAGGAGACGCCGUGUUCAUGUUCAGAUUCGAGACCGACCCAGUCGCCGUCACGGCGGAGGAGACGGAGGAGGCGAAGAACGGCGUCGUUUUAUGGCAGGCGAAGCAGCCGUGUGGGUUCGUGGGGUGGAGGAAGAAGAUGAAGAGAAGCUUCCUGAGGAGAGGGAAGCCUCGUAGCUCGUCGUCAUCAUCGAUGAUGUCGGUGUCGAUGUCUUCGGCUUCGUCGGCAUGCAGCUCCUCCGUGCUCGAGUGGGCCAGCUCCGCCGACGAGGCAGAGUACGGCGGCGGAUUCGCCGGCGGUCCCGGCUGUCCCGGCGGCGGAAUCGGGUACUCGUUGGUCGUCUACGCACGGAGGAAGUGAGUUUUUUGGGCGAAAGGACUGAUUGAUUAGCUUAUGUGAUAGGAAACAACAGUCUAUGCUUUUGGAAAAAUUCCAUGUUUUCCGACAAAAGUACGGAUGAAAGAUGUCAAUGGUGGGUCCCUUUGUCUUCCGGUCUUGAAUGCGUGACUGGCGCCCACCCCUUCCGUGAAUGAGAGCUGAUCAUGGCGCCUGCAACUGAGAAAACGGGGAGUGAUGAAACAUAGAACAACAGUUGAUGCUCCUCCUUUCAUCUAUCAGAACAUCUCUCUAGUGACGGGAGAUACCAGUGCGACUAGAAUCUAAUUGAUACCCGAAAUCUGUGAGAUGCAGUGGAGAGGUUUGCGGGAGAUGGCUGACCCGGGAUCCUUCCAAAAGACUCGACAGUAGUUGCAAGACCCAAAUUUGGAUAAUUUAACAGAUAAAACGGGAACAUAAAAUGUAUAUUCCGUUGCAAAUUCGAAUCUCAAGUUUGGCAAAUGAUG